AAAAAACAAAUAAAUACACUAAAAUCAACGCAUAAAAGUGGUGUAAAUCUCAUUCAUAGAGCUUGCCUUCAUUUCAUAACAAAUCUUCAAUUAUUCAUCAUUCCUCUCUCUCAAAUUCUUCUCAGUUUUAUAUAUUCAUCCUAAAUCAAGUGUAUAGUAAUUAGUUGCAAUUGAAGAGAAGCCCAAAAGAUGUCGGAUUGGGGUCCGGUAUUCGUGGCGGUGGUGCUGUUCGUACUGCUUUCACCGGGCCUGCUGAUUCAGAUACCGGGCCGUAACCGUUUCGUGGAGUUUGGGAAUUUUCAGACAAGUGGAGUCUCCAUUCUUGUUCAUGCCCUUAUUUACUUUGCUCUUAUUUGCAUUUUCUUGUUAGCUAUUGGAAUCCAUGUCUAUAUGGGAUCCCUUUUCCUCUACCAUCUCAUUCUUUGCAUAAAUAAAAGUGAAGGUACAAGAAUGGCGGACUGGGGGCCUGUGCUUGUGGGAGUUGUACUCUUCGUAUUUCUGCAGCCGGGGCUUCUCUUUCAGCUCCCCGGAAACACCAAACAGAUUGAGUUUGGUAGCACCAAAACCAACGGCAAAGCUAUCAUGCUCCACACCCUCAUCUUCUUCGCUUUCUACGCCCUUUUAAUCCUAGCCGUCCAUGUCCACAUCUACACUGGCUAGGCUAAUCCAUCUCUACUGUUAUCACUUUUUUGUUCUAGUGUUUCUUGUUGUUGCUCUGUUUUUUUUUAUUAUAUAUAUUUCUAUUGGCUUUGUAUUGUAAUUGAUGUAAUGGAUUUUGGCU